GUAUACGUGUCGUCAUAUCCGAAAACUCACCUGAUUUUGCUGUUUGUUAGUCGUGUCUCUUCUUCACGUUAUAAACUAUUUUCCUCAAAAAGAAGAGGAAAAUAAUAAUUCAAAAAUGUCAUCGAAAGAAAAAGAAAAUUGCGAAAGUACGGAAGAAAAUUCACCCCAAGAAGAGGAGAAUCAAGCCACUAAUAAUGAAAUUGUCCCUGCCGAAAAUAACGAAGCUGAAAGAAAUGUCGCCGUCGAGAAUGAAGAGCAACAACGACGAAAACAAACGACAUGGUCAGAGUCAUUUUUUGCCAUCACAAAAUCGCUGAUAAUUCGUGCGCUUAUUAUUUAUUUCAUAAGUUCAUUCUUCCGUCGACCACAGACUGAUGUACAAACACAACAACAAGGUUCAAGUUCCGGUGCAAUGCCAAAAUUAAGUUCAUCAAAUCUCUUUGAAAAUGGAACACUAUUUGAUAUGAAUGUCUAUUUAUCGGAAUUGGCAAAUUUCAAUGAUUUUUCAAAUUUGGACGCACACAUUUGGAGGGAGAAGCGUUUAAUUUAUGGCGAUUGGUCGAGUGGUCCUGAUGAUGACGGUACAAGAGUUCACAUUCACAAAUUCACACCUUCCAAGGAAUUAUUAAAUAAUGGUUCAAUUUAUCUUCAUGUUUUUGUGACGAAAAGUGGUAAAUCACCUGAUCCCAAUGCGGGAAAGGGAAAAUACGCCGGUAAGGAUAUGAUAUCGCAUGCAACGAAAAUGUUAAAUAAAUUUAAACGUGUUAAAUAUCAGAAGACACAUAAUUUACUCACGGGAGAAACUACAGCGACUGAGGAGGAAAUUAAGAAAGCCGAAUUGAUGAAUCAAGAAAUUCUUUCUCAUUGGCAUCCAAAUACGACUGUUAAUUUUGUUGUCGAUCAAACAAAUUGGGUACCUGGACAAGUUCCUCCGCCUUUAAACGAAUAUAUCGAAUUCACAAUGGGAGGACUAAAUUACAAGCCAGUUGUUUAUUUCAAUGAUUUUUGGAAUAUGCAGAGGGACUAUCAUCCUUUAAAUGAUUCGAUAAAAGAACUCGAAUUACGUCUCACCUAUCAGCCUCUCUCAUUAUUCAAAUGGCAACUCUACACCGCUCAGAAUAUGAGAAAUAAAUGGACGUCUUCGAUUUUAGGAAAUACCGAUGAGGAAGACAGUGAUCAGGACACGUUGAAGGAAGCUCUUCUCGAAACAAAUCCCUAUCUUUUGGCUCUGACAUUUGCCGUUUCAAUUCUUCACAGUAUUUUCGAAUUUCUCGCUUUCAAAAAUGACAUUGAAUUUUGGAACAAUCGAAAAUCACUGGAGGGACUUUCGGUGCGCAGUGUAUUCUUCAAUGUAUUCCAAUCGGUGAUUGUUCUCCUGUACGUUCUCGAUAACGAGACAAACACAGUGGUCCGUAUAAGUUGUGCAAUUGGUCUUUGCAUUGAAAUUUGGAAAAUCAAUAAGACCGUCGAUAUUAAAGUGAAUCGUGAAUCGAAAAUAUUUGGCAUCUUCCCGCGAAUAACCUAUCAGGAUAAAGGCUCAUACGUUGAAUCGUCGACAAAAGAAUACGACAGACUUGCCUUUAGAUAUUUAUCGUGGGCACUUUAUCCAUUGCUCGGUGGCUAUGCAAUCUACUCGUUAAUGUAUCUCGAGCACAAGAGCUGGUACUCUUGGGUAUUGAGUAUGCUCUAUGGAUUUUUAUUAACAUUCGGCUUCAUUAUGAUGACACCGCAAUUAUUUAUCAAUUAUAAAUUAAAGAGUGUCGCACAUCUUCCAUGGCGAAUGUUGUCCUAUAAAUUUUUAAAUACAUUCAUCGACGAUGUUUUUGCAUUUGUCAUUAAAAUGCCAACGCUCUAUAGGUUAGGCUGCUUCCGUGACGAUAUUGUCUUUUGUAUAUAUCUCUAUCAACGUUGGAUCUACAAAACUGAUCUCAGUCGUGUCAAUGAAUUUGGAUUCUCCGGGGAAAUGGCUAAUGAAAAUAAAAAGGAUAAAAAGGCGAUUGAACCACCAAAAACCGAGGAGACGGGGAAGAAGAAUGAAAACGCGAAGAAAACGGAUUAAUACCCAGUUUUUUAUUUUCUAAAUGAAGCAUUUUGUUUCAUAGAUUCAUUAAUUUUUAAAAAGGAGAAUUUACAAAAAAAAAUGUUUUCAAAAGUACAUAAAAAAAGUACCAAAGUAAAACGUGUGUGAAAACUUUUGAAAUAUAAAACACGAAUACAAGGCGUGUGCGUGUGAAUAAAUAUUCUGAAUUGAAAUGAAAGAAAAAAAAUAUAUGUUCGCACAAUGCGUAAUUAAGUGAAAGUACGACGUAAUUGAAGCGAUUCAAGUGAUAAAUAUUGGUGUGAAAUGAAGAAGUCUCUAAAUAUGCCCGUAUGGUGUGUGUGAAUAUUUUCUGAAAAUCGUCAAUUUCCUGUGACGAAGUUUACAAAGAGUUUAAUUCAUUAAAAAGCAAAAUGACAGUGAAAA